AUGGAUAUUGCGCGAGGUCAAACAUUCGGAAUGCUCCGAUCGGAUAAUGAAGUUCCUGCAAUCUCCGCGGGCAUAGACCGGAGCUCUGCUCACAGCAGUAUCUCAAGCAGGCCGAGACUGGCUCAAUGCGACCGAGUGGUUGCUACGAGGAGCCGACAAACUAUUGGGGCCAACAAUGAGUCGCAAGAAACAACCGACACCCUAACCCUAAACAAGUUCACUUCAAGUGAGGCAUUGGAGGACGGUGUUUUGGAUGAGGUCGCUCCGCCAGAGGAGAUGCUGGAUCGUGCAUUGCAGCUUGCCAACAAGGUCAAGUCUAAGGCAAAGAUGGGGGUUUACGGAUUACUGAGGGGAGAGCUUUAUGGCGAGGCUUUGAGAGCGUUCCAGCAGAUUAGUUAUGUUCAUUCUCGCCUCAAUUCCCGCCAGGCAAAGGUCAAGCUAUAG